AUGCUCAAAGCCAAAGCACGCGCAGCAGCUACCGCCGCAGCAGCGAAGAAGAAAGCCGCCGCCGCCGCAGCCGCAGCUCAAGAAGCCGCAGCUCAGCAAGCGCAACAAGCUGCGUUGGGCGUAGCGAGCACGACGAGGAGCGGGAGGGGGUGGAGGCCGAAUGUUACGCAGUACUGGGUCUCAGGCGCCUCUAUCCUCGCUCCAGGCGGCUCGAUCCAACGAAUAGGCUACGACCAAACCCUCUACGAAGAAGCUGUCCGAGUCGUCAUCCUCGGCGAACAACCUGCUGAGAAGAGGGAGAUGGCGGGGACUAUUCCGAGGAGUCAGGAGGAGGCGGAGGGAAGGGCGGAGAAGGGGAAGGAGGCGCAGGGGAUGGAGGGGUACAAGACCAAUAAGGAGGACUUGGCGACUAUCCUCGCCCACCUCGACGUACCGUCAGCAGUCGCCUCGCAAGCACUGCGAGCGCACCGAGGAGACCUUGCAGCGACGCUGGCGGAGCUGGCGGAGCCUCCACGAACUGCGCUCGCCCGAGACGUGUAG